UUACCGCGUCCUGCGUGCAGGCGCUAUAGAUUUGUGUGAUAUUUGUCUCUUCUCUAAAAAUGUAAAAACAACUUUAUCAUUGUGAUAAGUGUGUAAAUAUAUUGGCUACGAGGAAAUGCCUGCACAAGAAGUAGCGGUGCCGCAACCGCCGGCGACCGAGGGCGAGGAGAAUGUUCCUUCGUCGCAGCCGAUCGUGGGCAUCAUUUAUCCGCCUCCAGAGAAAUUCAGAUAUCGUUGACAAAACUGCUAGCUUCGUGGCCAGAAAUGGGCCAGAGUUUGAAUCCCGGAUCAGACAGAAUGAAUUGGGCAAUCCCAAGUUUAAUUUCUUGAACUUCGGCGAUCCCUAUCAUGCCUACUAUGAGCAUAAAGUGAAGGAAUCUAAGGAAGGUAAAGGUCAAGAACCUACAACAGGUUCAGGUCCUGGAAAAACUGUUAAUCUUACUGCACAUCAAAAGCAGCAAGAGAUCUUGAAACAAGUUGAACAGCCGUUUGUACCUAAAGAUCCACCAGCAGAAUUUGAAUUCAUAGCAGAUCCUCCUUCAAUCUCAGCUUUAGAUUUAGACAUCGUGAAGUUAACCGCUCAGUUUGUAGCUCGUAAUGGAAGGCAAUUUCUUACUAACCUGAUGAAUCGUGAACAAAGGAAUUUCCAGUUUGAUUUCUUACGCCCACAACAUUCCUUAUUUCAAUAUUUUACUAAAUUAUUGGAGCAAUAUACCAAAGUAUUGAUUCCACCGAAGGAUUUAUUGCCACGUCUGCGAGAUGAAUCAUUUAAUAUGGACAAGAUUUUGGAGCAGGUGAAAUAUCGUGCCGAAUAUUUGAAAUAUCAAGAGGCACAGAGACGUAAGGAGGAAGAGGAGUUGGAAAGGGAGAGAGUCGCUUAUGCGCAAAUCGACUGGCACGAUUUCGUCGUCGUUGAGACUGUAGAUUAUCAACAAUUCGAAGUCGGCAAUUUCCCAGCUCCAACAACACCGGAUGAAGUCGGUGCUCGUGUUCUCAUGCAGGAACGUAUAGAGGACGGUGAAGACGUGGAGAUGCAGAUCGACAGUGACGGAGAAGAGGAAAUGCCGAUACGUACAGAAGGGGAGAAGGAUCGUGCGAAAGAUAACAAUCAGGUACAAGAUAUGGAGGAAGAUUCCAGCGACGAAGACGAAGUGUCGCCGCCGGGUGACAUCCACAAAUCUAAAGAACCUAAGCCACGCGAUACCAACAUGCAACCUCCUCCGUUACCGCCUACUCCAGGAAACGUGGUGGUCAAGAAGGGAUACGAUCCGAAACAACACGCUGUUAAAACUGCUCGUCCCGCUCCUCCGGAUGAGUUCUUAAUCUCGCCGAUCACCGGUGAGCGUAUACCCGCCAGCAAGGUGCAGGAGCACAUGCGCAUCGGACUGCUGGAUCCGCGCUGGGUCGAGCAGCGAGACAAGCACCUGGACAAGCUGGCGCAAGAGACCGUGUUCGCGCCGGGUACAGCGAUCGAAGCCAGUCUCAAGCAGCUCGCCGAGAGGCGUACCGAUAUAUUCGGUGUCGGCGACGAGGAGACGGCGAUCGGCAAAAAGAUCGGCGAGGAAGAUAAGAAGAAGGAUGACAAAGUCACAUGGGACGGCCACACUUCAAGUGUCGAAGCUGCUACGAGGGCCGCGCGCGCCAACAUCACUCUGGAGGAGCAGAUUCAUCAGAUACACAAGGUCAAGGGUCUGUUGCCCGACGAGGAGAAGGAGAAGAUCGGCCCGAAGCCUGUGAACCGCGCAACCGAGCUUUCUCACAUGGCAGCCGCUGCCUCGAAACCACAAGCCACACUUAAAGCUCCACCGAAACCUCCGGCACCGAAGCCUAUGCCCGCUCAAAUUCCUGCUCAACCACCUCCACCGCCGACCAUGAGCAUGCCCACUAUGGGGAUACCUCAGCCGAUGAUGCCGCAACCGCCGAUGAUGAUGAUGGCGCCUAUGCCGCCGAUGGCGCCUCGACCACCACCUUUGAUGACUCCGGCGAUGUCACCGUUUAUGCCAACGCCACCUCCGAUACAACCACCGAUGGGACCCGCUCUUGGAUUAAAACAUCCCUCUAAACCGAUGGAGGAAGAGCCGCAAGCUAAAAAACUGAGAACGGAGGACUCGUUGAUUCCAGAACAACAAUUCCUCGCCAGAAACAAGGGUCCCAUACAAAUUAACAUUGCGGUGCCUAUGAUGACGGAGAAAGCUGAAUGGAAACUGAACGGACAAACGUUGAAUAUCAACUUGCAACUGAGCGACACCGUGUCGACCAUGAAGGCGCUGAUCCAUGAGCAAACUGGCAUGCCGCCUGGCAAGCAAAAACUGCAGUAUGAGGGAAUGUUCUUCAAAGAUAGCAAUACUCUCGCAUAUUAUAAUUUAACUUCGGGUAAUGUUAUCAACUUGCUACCAAAAGAAAGAGGCGGUAGGAAGAAGUGA